GUGAUCAAGUGUUUUGCCCAUUCAUAGUUGAAUCGUACGGUGUAAAAAAUUCGAAAAUAUUUUGUAAGAAAAAAAUUCAGCAACUACUCUUUAUAGUCCCAUGAUUCACCUUCUCCAACGGCCAAUCCCAUCUCCUACCUCGAGCCCCGAAAGUCAUAUUUUUCCACGUCCCACUUUUCUUCUCUCGUCUAUCUUUCAUUUUCUUUUGCAAAACUUUUCUGAUUUCUCUAACCUGCAAAAAACAAUCAUAUACACUACCUAACUCUACCCAAUAGCAAAUUCAAAAAAUGUCUAACAAAUCCCCAAUUUUUCCAAUGCCAGAUCCUCAACAUUUCAGUGACUAUGGCUUUGACCCCCAGAUUGACUACUUCCAGGUUUUGGAAGAAGCAAGGAGACACAAGCGGGAUGUAUCGAGAUCUACAGACUCUUUACACUUCAAGCUUCAAAAACCCAUUUCCAAGGACGAUUCGAGGAAGCCCAACAAGAUUAAAAAGAAGCGAUGGUGGAGAAACGCUCUUCUCUUCUUCAAAUGGAAAUGGGUCAACCACCAGCUCGACGGAAAUCUCGAUCACGAUGUGCAUCAAGCAAGAGCUCGGGCUUUCAGGGCAUCCAUAUCGGGUCCGGUGUAUAUUACAGAGAGCAGAAGUGGGUCAAGCACUCCGUACCGGACCACCAGUCGGCCGUCUUCGGGUCCUCUCGCCGGAACUUUGACUCCGACGAGGAAGGGAGAUGUUGAAAUUCCGUACCUGAGUCUCAGGGAGCUGAACUUGGAGCAGCAGCAGCAGCAACAGAGGAUCUCUACUUCUUCACUGCCUAUAUAUUUGGUGACUUGAUAACAUAGAAAUUUACAUUAAAUGUCUCAUUUUCCAUGUCCGAUCUCAUCUGCGUCUACACUCACUACCCAAAUAUCGAUUUAUUUUCCAUUUCAAGUUUCCUGCAAAGGUGUUUUAAUGAUGCUUUGCACAAUGGUGGUUGGAGACAGAAGAAAGGUGUGAGGGCGGCAAAGGCUGCAUCCUUCGUACUUUUUAGUGUUGUUGGAUUUGAUGCUUACUCUUGGUUUCUGUAAUUAAUGGAGUCAUCCAUUCCUUGCUUUGACUAAACCUUUUUCUCCACUUUUUCUUUUUUCUUUCUGUACCCUUCAAUUGAGUGCAGAGGAGGGAGCGUGACUGAAAGUGAGAGCACAGAGACUUUUUCUGAAUUAAAAAAAAAUGGGCUUAUUGUCGAGUUAAUUAGCAACGUUAGAUUUCUUUGAUUAUAUUAUGGUGAUCCAUGCGCA